AAAAAAAAAAUUCGGACCGGAAAUUUUGGUCGCGAGAACCUCAAUUUGUAUUACGAUUGAGGACAACUUUCAACGACAAUUGAAGCGCGCAAAGCCAGCGCCCAACCCACCGAAACAAUGGCCAACGUCAACUACCUUUUGCACGAAACCCCUGCCGGUUAUGCCAUCUUUGAGGUGGUUCACCAGGCCGACUCUGUCGGUCUGAGGCUAAAGGAGGUUCAGGACUCGAUGGCGGACCUUGCCAGGUUUGGCAAGAUGGUCAAGCUGGUCAACUGGUCACCAUGGCCUGAAUUCCACGAGGGUCUGGAGAACAUGAACGAGAUCUCGGAAGGUCUCGUCACCGACUUCCUCAAGAACGCGCUCGAGCUCGCCCUCCCCAAGACCAGCGCAAAGAAGUCCAAGGUCGUUCUUGGCGUCUCUGACAAGAAGCUGGCAGGAGAGAUCAGCUCCCUUUUCCCCGGUGUCGAGUGCGAAACCAUGGACACGUCCGAGGUUGUGGCCGACCUCUUGAGGGGUAUCAGGACACACGCCGAGAAGCUGCUCAAGUCGCUGCACGAGGGUGAUAUCCUGAGGGGUAGCUUGGGUCUUGGUCACGCCUACUCGCGUAACAAGGUCAAGUUCAACGUCCACCGCAACGACAACCACAUCAUCCAGCAGAUUGCUACGCUCGAUGCCCUCGACAAGGGAAUCAACGCCGGCUGCAUGCGCGUGAGGGAAUGGUACGGCUGGCACUUCCCCGAGCUCAUCAAGAUCGUCUCGGACAACGUCACCUACGCCAGGUUGGUGCUUCUGAUUGGCAACAAGAAGGAGCUGGAUGACAGCAAGCUGCACGACAUCGCUGCCGUGCUCGACGAGGAUGGAGACAAGGCCCAGGCCAUCAUCGACGCCGCCAAGGUUUCCAUGGGUCAGGACAUCUCAGAACCCGACGUCGAGAUGGUCAAGUCCUUCGCCACCAGCGUCAGCAAGAUGGCUGCCUACCGCAAGGUCCUCGCCGAGUCUCUCGACAGCAAGAUGGGCAUCGUUGCUCCCAACCUGCAAUGCAUCCUCGGCACUCCCGUCGCCGCCCGCCUCAUCUCGCACGCUGGCUCGCUCACCAACCUUUCCAAGUACCCGGCCUCGACUCUGCAGAUUCUCGGUGCCGAGAAGGCCCUGUUCCGCGCCCUCAAGACCAAGGGCAACACGCCCAAGUACGGCUUGAUCUACCAGAGCUCCUUCAUCAGCCGCGCCAGCGCCAGGCAAAAGGGUCGCAUCUCGCGCUUCCUCGCCAACAAGUGCAGUAUCGCAUCCAGGAUCGACAACUUCUCCGAGCAGCCCAGCUCUCGCUUCGGAGAGGCCCUCCGCCAGCAGCUCGAGGACCGUCUCGAGUUCUACAACUCGGGCAAGAAGCCCCAGAAGAACAUUGACGCCAUGCAGGAGGCCAUGAAGAAGGUUCUCGAGGACGGUGGCAACAUGGACGUCGACACCGAGAUGUUGGACCCCAACCACGCCUCGCACGUCUCUGCCUCGGCCGAUGCUCCCAAGGAGAAGAAGGAAAAGAAAGACAAGAAGGAGAAGAAGGACAAGAAAGACAAGAAGCGCAAGUCAAUGGACGUGGCUGACGCCAUGGAGAUUGACGGUGGCGAGAAGAAGAAGAAGAAGAAGAGAAAGUCCGAGGUCGCAUAAUUCAACCCGGAUGCGACUGUCUAAUAUUUUGCUGCUCGUCUGUCUUUUGUUUCUCUGCUCUUCUCGUCUCUUGAUGUUUGCCUUGUUCAGUAUUAGGAGUUUUCAUGGGAAAAGGUCUUUUUUUGGGUUCCGGUGUUCAGGUCUACUUUACGUUUCUCCAUGUAUCAUACCCAUCGCAUCUCGGUACAAAAGAUGGCAUGAAGACAUAGGUUUCACAGAUGGUGUUUGGUUUCGGGUUUCUAAUCCGACCUGUUCAAAAGUGUCCUCUCAUGAUUCUCGUUGGAUGCGUACAAUUCGUUAUCUAACCAGCUGUGUCUGCGAAAUAUG